CCAAUAUGCCAAUAUCCAAUCCCGUUUUCUUUCCCUCCCCCUUGAACAAGACCCUUUCGCUUGAAGGAGUUGAGGGUGUAACUAGGCCACUGUGCCUGUACCUACGUAACUGUACAGCAAUGGCCAGAAGAGCACACAUCCUUGCUCGUUGCAGCAGAACCUGCAGUAGAUGGCAGCGUGGCACCACGGGCCCUGACGCUGACAAGCUCCCUCCUGCUCAUCAUGCAAAUUUGCUCCAGCCGAAGAUUAACAACCCUUGUCGUAAGAGACACAAAGAAUGCGGGGAACGCACGUUGAAUGUGAUAUGUCAGAUCUGCCUAGUCAGCAAACAGGCAAAGACAAGGCACGAUGCAACGCUCCAGGCCAGUCCAACACCAAAGACGUCGAGGGAGGCGAGGAAGCAAUUAAAAAGAAAGGAAAACAUUGCAGAACCGUUGUUGAAUACUGGAGACACCAUGUGGUCCCUGCUUGAGAAUGUCUCUGAAAAACGUGUCGGCGUUGAGAACUUCAACUCCGACGCAAGGGAUGUUCUGCAAGCGAGGGUCAACGGUACGGAGGUUUUGUAAAUGAUAGGUCAAGUCCUUGGCGAGUUUACCAGGACAGUCAAUUUCGUCUCGCUUGAGUUGACUAGAGCUACUGACCAAACUCGAGACUCUCAGUCAAGGAACGACGUCAACGAGCAAAGCAUGCGGCUCACUGCAGCGUGCAGGCCUGACCUUAACCCCAGACUUUUGUAUGUCGUGCUAGGAGUAGGAGCAGGAGUUCGGACUCGGAGUCUUCUGUCCUUGCUUUACCUGCCGCCGAAGCGAGGGCAUGAAUGUUACCAUUCUGCUCUGUUAUGUCAGGGGUCGAAUGUAAAUCCUUCAGCGAUGUGACCUUGGCGACCUUUGUUGAUUACCAGAAUGUCACAGAUAGACAGAAUGAGUGGAAUGCUCGCUCUUAGACAACCGUUGAAUUUCUCCCUCCCUCUGAGACAGACGUUCUGGAUGUUUCUCAUGACUCAACUUUUAGGGCUAACGUCAGCAGGGCAAAGUCCAAGAACCACAUGGUACUGCAAGGACGUCUACUGAUACAGAUUUCAUAACAAAACUUGGAAAUAAGACAAUCAAACUACGAGAUGAAAACUUUUCCUUCGUCUCAGUGAGAGUAUCCUUGGUUCGGCCAGGGACCAUCAAUAUCAUGAAGCUCUUGAUGGCCCAUGCAACCAAUCUUCGAAUGACACGGCACUUGAAGCGGCCUGUGAGCCAAUCAAAAGCCCAUGUAAACACACACCCCUUACGGGAAGAGAGGAGCAGGCGGCUUCUUCGGACCUGAGCGAGAGCGGC